AUGGCGGCCGCGGCGGCGGCGCGCGAGCGUGCAAGCGCGCUCGGUGGGUUUGGACGUGGUGGUGCGCGUGCCUGGCAGGGACCUGCCUGGCUGGCAACUAAGACGGUAGGCUACGGUAGCACGAGCAGCAGUAGGAGUCGCACGAAGGAGUACAUACGGAGUAGUAGUAGCAGUAGUAGUAGGGAGAGAAGGAGGUGUAGGGAUGGUGCGGGUUCGGCUCAGGACCGAGCGGGCACCAGACAUGGGCCAUGUGCUGUUUUGGCGGCGGACCGGGACUUGGGGACUUGGGCCUAUCUCGUUUCCGCGACUUGCCAGACUGGGAAACUCGAGGAACCUUAA